CUUACGGCAAAUGUAGGUGCGCGUCUUAUGAAUUUAGACAUCUUCGACAAUACGUACCGAUGAAUUGGCUGCGUUGCUUAUGUGCUCCGGCUGAGGCCGAUUCGACCGAUCAGCCGGAGGAACAUACGUCGAUAGGGGCCAAACAGCUUAGCUUGGAGCGACGAACACCUUGCUUUCCGGAGGCUUUGGAAAACGCGGUGCCACACAGUAGCCUUCCAACGCUCGCAAAGAGCAUUGAAGCUGCCUUUGCGAAGCUCACAUUGACUGGGUGCGGGCAUCACUUCUACUGCCGCAUCAACACACUGCUUCACACAUGCCGCGCUGCCCUGGGAGCGACCGACGGAAGGCUUGCUAGCUUUUCGGGGGACUCCUCGACCUGGGUGUUUCUCUCGUCGCCGGCGGAUGACCCGAAUUCGGUGCCACGUACUGCGGGCUGGGGCAAAACGCCGUUAUAUCGACUUCUUGCAGAUGAGCUGGAGUCUGUGGCCAUCAUUCGAGGCUACAAUGCCUCCUCCAGUGCAGCUGCAGCACCUGACAGCUUGUCUGCCGCAGCUGCCGGUGUUGCUGCUGCCACCUCCUCCAACAUCAAUCCCGGCGGAUGUUGCCGUACAAGCCCUCCGGACCCCUUUGCCUAUGUGUCUCGAUCCGCCAGCUUGCCCCUCAACAUACAACCUUCGGACCUGCUUGUCCUACCCGUACGACAUGAGGGUCGGUUGGUGGCGGCGUUGAUGCUCGGUUGGGACAACCAGCACCAACAACCCUUGCCAGCAGCACAGCAGCUGCGGCAACAACCACCACAAGCAGAACCUUUGUUAGUUUCGGCGGGAGUAGUGCAGCAGCAACAGCCUCCGUCGGCGGCAGGGCGAGCGCAUUACGGCAGUGACUGCAGUGGCAGCGGCGGUAGCGGCAUGACCAUCACACCAACGGAGCUGUCACAGCUUCAGCUGUUGGCUCGGUUCCUAGUGUUUGGACUGGCCAGCGAUCCACAACAGGCACGGAUGUUGGAGCAGGUGUCGUACGGAUUGGCGUCGUUGCCAUCCGCCAACGGUCUUCACGACUUUGUGAUGUGUCUGUUGGAGGCGAUUCCGGAGCUCCUCCACAUUCGGUUUGCUCUGCGCUUCCAGCCCGUGCUGCUGCUGUCACUGGGAUCGGCUUCCAGCCCCGCGGUCCUCUUCGCCCGACGACAACAGUCACCAACCAACGGCAACCAACAACCGUCGCUGGGUGAUACCUCGCAGCAACCCACCGCAGCUAACGGCUACGGCAGUGCGGGUGGCGGCGGAAAUGCCGGAAUCGGGUCAAUCGGUGGCAGCAACAGCCCCUUGCGAGUGUUCAGCGGUCUUGGCGUAGCAGGUGGACCGACCCAGCGGGUCGCUAGUGGCAUCAGUGUCCACUUGCCGCACGAUGGAGGUCCGGCAGAUUCCGAGGCGGUUAGCACAGCAACGGCAGAUGCAUUGUACGGCAACUGCGGUGGUGGUAGUUUCUUGGGCGAAUCGAGGGUGCGUGCCGUACGCAUCUCACUGCAUCACACCUUGCUGGCGGAUGCCAUCAGGUCAGCUGCCAAGCAGCAGCACCAACGACCUGGAAACCCCGCCUCCCAUAGCCCUGAUCCAACCUCCUCCUUAUCGCAAGUCCCCACCCCACCCAAGCUCCUCAGCAGCCAUGACAACGAAGACGUUGGAGGUCCUGGCGGCGGCGGGGCCACCAGUCCAACUGCCAACGGUGUCAACGCAACCGCCCAACCGCUACCACCACCUGCCAUACCUACCCUUCCCCUCUACACCACCACCAUUCCCAACCUAGCCACUCAUUUCCUAGAGGAGGGUGCACCCUGCCGGGACCUCUUGCUAGCAUGCAACCUAACGGCCGCGGGCAGUAACGGGGCUGUCGUACUGGCGGUUGAGCAACCACCACCGUUGGCGCCGCGCACCGCACCCACAUCGGCUGAAGGCACCGGCGCGACAAACCUCACAAACGGCGCAAGUGCAGGAGGGGGAGUAGGAGGCGGCGGCGGAGGGGGUAGCGUUGCUAGCCGGCAGGUGUUUGGGAUGUAUUUGGUGUAUUCGGAGCCGCUGCCCGCACCCGUGCUGCAAGCGGUAGCGGAGGAGCUCAAAGUGCUUCUGGGGACGGCCUUGAGCGCUUGUCGUGAGGUCGGCGCCUGUCUCUCGCACUCGCUGUCACCUCCAACAACACGCCCCGGAGGCGCCGGCGGUACCGCUGGCAGCGUUCCCGUAAACGCUGGCGGCGGCGGCAGCACUGUUGCCACCCCUACCAACGUCGGUGGCGGCGCCGGCGGUGGUGGUGGUGGUUGUUGCGGUCGUCUGGCUUUCGAGCUGUAUUCCCUCCAAGAGCAAAUGCUCGGCGCGAGCCCCGCGGAGGCUGCGGCGGCAGCGGCGGUGGCGGCGGCGAACGCAAGUAACGGCGGCGGCAAUAGCGGCGGCGGGGGUGCCGCUGGUUGGGGCAGCGGCGGUCAGGGGUCUAGCUCGCUUGCGGCUGCAUUCGCCGCAGCUGUCGGAGGCGGGGGCGGCGGAGUUGCGGCGCCGUCGCUGCUGAGUCGUCGGGCCGGGGGCCGUUCAUUUGCCUUCAAACCCAAGCCGCUGCCCCGCGCCCUGCUCGCCCUCAACGCAAGUACAGGCGGCAGCCGCCCCGUUAGCGGCUCCAGCUGCCUCCGCGGCCCCUCCAACAACGGCGGCUGUGCCAAUUUUGCAUCAGAAGCAGCAGCCGGUGGCACACUUGUUGGCGGGGGCGCUACUGCUGUAGGGAGUGGUGGGCUUGGCAGUGGGGGAAGCGGCGGUGUGUUUCGCUCAGGAGGAGGGGCAGCGCACGGAGCACUCAGAUCGCUGGCGCUGGCUCGAGCAAUGUCGAGUCAGCUUAACGACCAUAACGGUCAGCCCAAUCAGGCCGGCUGUCGAGGUUCCCGGGCGGGUGGUGGCGGAGAGGCGGCGCUCGACGAGGCGUUUCGCGGGCUGGAGGGCUCGGCAGCUGCGGCAGCAGUAGGGGUCACCACCGGCGCCCUGGGAGUCAGCGGUCUGUCCCCAGACGACGCGGGCUCUCUCAGUUGGAUGGUGGCGAGCUCCCCAGAGGUGCUGCUGGAGGCGCCCGCCGCGGGGCCUUCUCCUCUGGAGGUCAUGGUUUCCUCCAUGCGAACCGGCCUCACCGCUGCCCUCAGCAACGCCAUGCUGCUCGAGAGUUCGGAUGAAGCCAGGGCCGCGAUGUCUCAGGAGCUUGCGGCGAUCCGGCUCUUUGAAGUGAUCGGUCGGGGCGGGCAGGGUGUUGUGUUCCAUGGAACUCUUCACGGACUGGAAACCGCGGUCAAGGUGAUCGUGCAUCGCGGCAAUGGCGAACCGCUGGCACACGACGCAGGUGACCCAGGUGUCGGCACCGCCGUCGGCUCGAAUGGAGAUGACGAUUGCUUCCGCGGCGCUGCGGCUGCGAGAAAACUUGGGGGCGAGGGUGCUGCUGCGGAGGGACAGGAAGGGGCUGGAGCCGAGGACUUGGCCCGAAUUCGCAAGGCCAAGCGCGGCGCUAUGGAGCUGGUGGUGACAGGCACUCUGUCCCACCCAAACAUCGUACAGAUCCUGGCCUCCUUUUCCGAUGUGAUCAUGGUUCGAGUGACCUACCGAAACGAGACCACUGCCAGGCUCAAGCUGGUCACCAAAGACGACCCCGUCCUGACGGGCUGGGUCAACCCGGGCCCGCUAAACACCGUGGUGUGUUUGGAGUACUGCGACUCCGGCACGCUGCUGCAGGCGGCCCACGCGGGCGCCUUCCGACCACCAGGGGGCUCGCUGCUGGCGGGUGCCGUACGACCCGCGCUGGUGCCGCUGUACAAGAGCCUGCUGGAGGUCGCCCUAGCCUUGCGCUACCUCCACUCCCGGCGCCUCGUUCACUGCGAUCUCAAACCCGCCAAUGUGCUGCUCAAGAGCUCCACCCGUGACCCGCGGGGCUGGACGUGCAAGUUGAGCGAUUUCGGUUGUGUACGGCUGAUGACCGAGCUUCCGGAUCCUUCCGUACCAACUACCUGUAACCACCGUAAACCGUCAACCGACGCCAACCGUCAAAACAGCAGCAAACAUCACCUUUCCAGCGGCAACGGUGGCGGCGGUAGUGCCGGUCCCAAGGGAUCCGCUGCUGCUGCUGCGGAUAUCGGCUGGGGCGGUCGCAUCCCCGGCGUAGACUCGAACGCUGCAGUACAAAACAUCAGCAGCAACAACAACAUUGUCAACAGCAUGGGUAGCGGCAAUAACAUUGCGGGGGCGAACGGGACCCCUGCAGGCCCCUCCUUACGUCCCUCCGCCUCCCCUCUAUCUCCGCACGGGCAGCAGAUGAGGCAACUGCAACAACCGCAGCAGCAGCAUGCAUGGGGCAACAACGGAGGAGCAGGCGGAGCAGGGUCCCAGCAGCAGCAACAGCAGCAGCAGCCCACGGUGCUCGGGUUCAGGGUGGCUCAGCCGCUAGGCACCAUUGCCUACAUGGCGCCCGAGUCGUUCAUCCGCGGACACACGCUGGGGGCGGCUGUGGACAUAUACGCUUUUGGAAUUCUGAUGUACGAGCUUCUGAUGUGUCGUACACCGUACACCGGCAUUGAUGCACAGACCCUGCCUCGUCUGGUCCUCCGGCAACACCUGAGACCCGACUUCCACCCGCUCGCCCCAACCGAGUACUGCAACCUGGCGGCUCGUUGCUGGUCGUCUCAGCCCUCCCGUCGCCUCACCGCAUCCCAGCUCGUGGCGGAGAUAGAGGCUCUCCUGGCGGAGGCUCAAGAGGUGGAGAACAGGAGGGCGGCGGCGGUGGUGGCGGCGGCGACGGUGACAGCGGCGGCGACUGUAACACAGAUGCCGCUGCCGCCAGCACCGGCGCAGCAGCAGCAGCGGAUUUCGUCAAGGCAGCAGCAACAACAACAACUGCAGCAACAGCCACAGCUGCAACAGCGACAGCCGGCGCAGCAGCUUACUCCGUCGUCCUUGCGUGCUGAGGGUGGGAUCUUGGUUUCAGGAGGGUGGUCGGCAUGCCUGCAACCACCUCCACCAAUGUCGCCUCUAUCACCACUGUCACCAAAGCAGCCGCUGCUGCAGCCAGAGCAGCAGCAGCAGUCUCCGCAAUCGCAGCCACCAGCAGUGUUGCCAAUGUCAUCAUUGUCAUUGUCGUCCAACUCCCAACCACCACCUUAACCGCCAUCAUCAGUGGUUGCGGCUGCGAGCUCGACGACGGCAGUAGCGGCGGUGGGGGCGGCGGAUUCCGCCUUGGAUGCUGCGGUGCGCGUGCAGCUCCACCUGCCGAAGGAAAUGAUCAGGAGCCGCAAUGCCAGUAGCAGGGGAAGGGAGGAGGUGCAGUAGCAGCAGCAGAGGCAUAGCCAGAUGGAAGAAGGCAGAGGCGGAGGAACAGCCCGCAGCCGUGUCCGGGUGGCUGCAAGGGCGGUUGUAGCAAAGGGAGAAGCAGCAGCAUCAGUGGAGGAGGAGGAGGGCAUGCAGCAGCCGCCGAGGAGCAGUAGUAGGAGUGUCAGCAGCGGCGGCCAAUGAGAGACAGCGUAGAGCGAUAACAGGAGCGGCGGUAGUAAAGCGGCAGCAGCUGCAACAGCGCCCGUGAGAGCAAGUGGGUGAAACGUCCGAGGUAUGCGAGCUUUGGAUGACUUACUGCUACGGUGGA